CUACUGUAAUAUGUGUGUUGAGCUCUUUGGUUUCAGGGACUAUUAGUUUGGCACAAGGCGAGCAGCCAAGAGGUGGGGUAUCCAUUCCCUAUUUGUCCUGGACAGACCGCUCCCCUUCAGCCUUACAUAGAAGAAAAAUUGUUUCACCCAAGUCCUGCUCAGUUACUGUAUCACUCAGACUCUGGUAAACAGGGCAAGGACUCCAGACACUGGGCUUACUUCAACUUCAGGGCCAGUGGCUACAGAUUUUCACUCCUGGGUCUGGAAGAGAGCUGAAGGGACCUGAACUGGAUGAAGAAGGAAAUGAAUCUGUUAAUGAAGAAUCACCAGAAUUCAUAGAAGGGGAAAGACCUCGGCCCCAAGGCUCCUCGCCAGUAUAUGAAUACGCAAUCAAAGAGGAAUACAGAGACUUAGACAAACAGGUCGAGGAGGAAAUAGAUCAGCAAAGUACAGACUAUAAAAAAGGAAAAAGAAAAAGUGGACUUGGAGCAUUCUUUGAAAAGCACUUCUCUGCAAAAAUGAGUCAAACAGAGGAAUUUAGGCCUACAGAUGAGUCAGAUGAAAUUGUACAAACUGAAGCUGAAGCAUGUGCCAAGGCAAUCGUUGUAAGUGGAGGAGGAAAGGAGGGCAUAUUUGUCGAGCAAGUGAUGAAGGAUACGCCCGAGUCAAAGGUUCCGAGCAUGAGAGAAGGUGAUCAAAUACUCAGCGCUACAAUAUAUUUUGAUGAUGUCAAAUAUGAAGAUGCCCUUAAGAUUCUGGAGCAUGCUGGGCCCUAUAAAACGCAGUUCUGUCUGAAACGCAAGUCCCCUGGUGUAACAGACACUGACAGUUCAGCGACUGUGCAACAGCAGGAUGGGGAAACAGACAAAACACUAAAAAGCACAUCUGAGGACUCUGCAGGAACAAUUGUGGUAAGGGGUAGAGCAAAAACAGCUAGAAGACAAGAUGCCAGGAUAUCAUGGCCUAAAUUCUCAUCAUUUACCAAAGGAAAAAGGAUGCAGUUCAAAAGGUCCCACAGCACAUCAGAAGCAGAGGAACAUAAAAAGCUAGAUAUCAGUCUUUCUAACAGUGACAAUGAGUCUCCUAAUAAGUCUCAGGAACCUCUAAAAACUAAGAAAAAGCAGAAACUGAAGCUGCCAAGCCUAGGAAUGAGGAGCCUAAGGAGCAAAUCAGAGGAUCAACACGAUAAAGAAACCGUAGCAGAAACUUCUGAACAUCUGGAAUUAAUAUGCAGCUAUCCUGAAGAUGAUGUAUCCGAAGUGCAAUCCUCAGAAGAUGUUGACAUCAGAAAAAGUGAAACAACACAAAUCUGUGAAUUUGAUUCAGAUCAAAGAACUGACACUGCAAGAAUAAGAAAUGAAUAUUCAUUUUCAAAUGUCACAGGCCCUGAAGUUGAAAUCAUCCAACACAAAGCUGAACUCUAUGAAUUGGAUAAAACACUUAAAACAACUAAUAUUUUCAUGUGCGGACCAAAGCUGGAUACAGAUGUAGAACCCGGAGAUGAAUUUAAAACUAAAAGAACACCAGAAAAAAAGAUAGAAAAGCCUAAUCUCAGAUCAGAACUAAAGAUAAAUAUCAUAGGAAAAGAAAAAACAGAUACAAGCCCUGAAGAAGAAGGCAGGUCACCACAAACUUUACUGGUAAAAGCUUCACCUGGCAAGCUGGGCAAAGAACUUCAAUUUCAGCUUCAAACAACAGAAACUGGUAUCCAAAUACCAAAAGAAGUGAUUCUAGGAGAUGGAGAAAGACAAAAUGUUACAUCAGAGAUGAAGGAGCGUCAACUUGCUAUUGAUCUAAACCCCCAAGACUCUAUCAGAUCUAGUAUUAAAGUUGAUGUUAUUAAGCCAAAGAUAUGUGAUGAAACAAAAUAUGUGGCUAUUCUGAAGGAAGAGACUGAUGGCAAGGUUAAAAUAACAAAAGCAACAGUGCAGGUAGAAGCUCAGACACCACACCUAGAUGUUGACCAAGCAAAAGUUCACGAACCAGAAGUAAAAUUUAAAACACAGAAAGGGAUGGUGCCAAAGUAUGAUGUUUCACUGGAAAAACUAGAACCCACACUUGAAAUGAAAGCCCCCAAAGGCACCAGAUAUUCUUUUUGUGAAGAAGUAUCUACAGACUGUGGUACAGAAAAAGAAAUCCAAGCCAGGGAUCCAGAGAUUCAAUUUACUAAGCCCAAAACUGAGGAGUCCCACUCUUUUCGCACAGCUAAAACUUUAAUAAAAUGUUAUGAGGCAAAAUUAGGAGUAUCUGCUGCUACAGUUCAUGCAGAAAAAGGAAAUAUUCGGAUGCCAAAAGAACAACAUCGAAGAGGAAAUAUAGAUGUUGACAAGCCAAACAAAUCUCAACCUAAAACAGGCAAACAAGAACCAAUACUCACACCAGAGGAUAUCAAGAGACCUUAUUUCAAUUAUGAUCUGGAAAGCAAAGAAAGCAAGGAAGCUAGACAAAGCAAUAUUACCCAAUUACCACGGACAGACAUUAGAGGUCCACAGUUGGAAAUGAGCAUGCCAAAUACAGAGAGACACAUCAUACCAACUGAAGAACAUGCUCCUAAGUUUGAUGUUGAUAUCAACAAUGAAAAAGUAGAUAUUUCUCUUCCAAAAUCUGGGGUCAAGUCUCCAAAAAUAGAAGGCAAAAUGAGCUUGCCAAAAGCAGAAAUCUCUCUUCCAAAGGCAGACAUUGAUAUAGAGGGACCAGAGCUUACAACAAGGGGAACUGACAUUGAUCUGAGCCUACCAAAACCACAGAUACAUGUGUCUGCAGCACAAGCUGCUGUUGAUAUUGAAGGUCCAGAUGAAGACAUGAAAGCACCUGAGUUAGACAUUGAUUUGAAGGGUAAAAGAAUCAAUGUAGAAGGGAAAGAAAGCAAGUUUAAAUUGCCCAAAAUGCCAGACUUUGAUGUUUCACUCCCCAAAGUCAAAGGUCCUGACAUUAAAUUCAGUCUGCCCAAAUCAGAGGCUGACAUUGCUUUACCUGAAUGUGUUGAAGUCAAGGCUCCUGAUGUGGAAAUGGAAGCUCCAUCUCUUGAGGGAUCUGUGGACAUCCCUACAAUUGAAAAAGAGGGUGGAAAAGGAAAAUUCAAGAUGCCACAAAUGAAAAUGCCUAAAUUUGGAAUUUCAACAUCUGGGGUCAAGGUUCCAAAAAUAGAAGGCGAACUGAGCUUGCCUAAAGCAGAAAUCUCUCUUCCAAAGGCAGACAUUGAUAUACAAGGACCACAGCUUACAACAAGUGGAACUGACAUUGAUCUGAACCUACCAAAACCACAGAUGCAUGUGUCUGCAGCACAAGCUGCUGUUGAUCUUAAAGGUCCAGAUGUAGACAUGAAAACACCUGAGUUAGACACUGAUAUGAAGAGUAAAGUAAUCCAUGCAGAAGGGAAAGAAAGCAAGUUUAAAUUGCCCAAAAUGCCAGACUUUGAUGUUUCACUCCCCAAAGUCAAAGGUCCUGACAUUAAAUUCAGUCUGCCCAAAUCAGAGGCUGACAUUGCUUUACCUGAACGUGUUGAAGUCAAGGCUCCUGAUGUGGAAUUGGAAGCGCCAUCUCUUGAGGGAUCUGUGGACAUCCCUACAAUUGAAAAAGAGGGUGGAAAAGGAAAAUUCAAGAUGCCACAAAUGAAAAUGCCUAAAUUUGGAAUUUCAACAUCUGGGGUCAAGGUUCCAAAAAUAGAAGGCGAACUGAGCUUGCCAGAAGCAGAAAUCUCUCUUCCAAAGGCAAACAUUGAUAUACAAGGACCACAGCUUACAACAAGUGGAACUGACAUUGAUCUGAAUCUACCGAAACCACAGAUGCAUGUGUCUGCAGCACAAGUUGCUGUUGAUCUUAAAGGUCCAGAUGUAGACAUGAAAGCACCUGAGUUAGACAUUGAUAUGAAGAGUAAAGGAAUCCAUGUAGAAGCUAAAGAAAGCAAGUUUAAAUUGCCCAAAAUGCCGGACUUUGAUGUUUCACUCCCCAAAGUCAAAGGUCCUGACGUUAAAUUCAGUCUGCCCAAAUCAGAGGCUGACAUUGCUUUACCUGAACGUGUUGAAAUCAAGGCUCCUGAUGUGGAAUUGGAAGCUCCAUCUCUUGAGGGAUCUGUGGACAUCCCUACAAUUGAAAAAGAGGGUGGAAAAGGAAAAUUCAAGAUGCCACAAAUGAAAAUGCCUAAAUUUGGAAUUUCAACAUCUGGGGUCAAGGUUCCAAAACCAGAAGGCAAACUGAGCUUGCCAGAAGCAGAAAUCUCUCUUCCAAAGGCAGACAUUGAUAUACAAGGACCACAGCUUACAACAAGUGGAACUGACAUUGAUCUGAAUCUACCGAAACCACAGAUGCAUGUGUCUGCAGCACAAGUUGCUGUUGAUCUUAAAGGUCCAGAUGUAGACAUGAAAGCACCCGAGUUAGACAUUGAUAUGAAGAGUAAAGGAAUCCAUGUAGAAGGGAAAGAAAGCAAGUUUAAAUUGCCCAAAAUGCCGGACUUUGAUGUUUCACUCCCCAAAGUCAAAGGUCCUGACGUUAAAUUCAGUCUGCCCAAAUCAGAGGCUGACAUUGCUUUACCUGAAAGUGUUGAAAUCAAGGCUCCUGAUGUGGAAUUGGAAGCGCCAUCUCUUGAGGGAUCUGUGGACAUCUCUACAAUUGAAAAAGAGGGUGGAAAAGGAAAAUUCAAGAUGCCACAAAUGAAAAUGCCUAAAUUUGGAAUUUCAACAUCUGGGGUCAAGGUUCCAAAAAUAGAAGGCGAACUGAGCUUGCCAGAAGCAGAAAUCUCUCUUCCAAAGGCAAACAUUGAUAUACAAGGACCACAGCUUACAACAAGUGGAACUGACAUUGAUCUGAAUCUACCGAAACCACAGAUGCAUGUGUCUGCAGCACAAGUUGCUGUUGAUCUUAAAGGUCCAGAUGUAGACAUGAAAGCACCUGAGUUAGACAUUGAUAUGAAGAGUAAAGGAAUCCAUGUAGAAGGGAAAGAAAGCAAGUUUAAAUUGCCCAAAAUGCCAGACUUUGAUGUUUCACUCCCCAAAGUCAAAGGUCCUGACGUUAAAUUCAGUCUGCCCAAAUCAGAGGCUGACAUUGCUUUACCUGAACGUGUUGAAAUCAAGGCUCCUGAUGUGGAAUUGGAAGCUCCAUCUCUUGAGGGAUCUGUGGACAUCUCUACAAUUGAAAAAGAGGGUGGAAAAGGAAAAUUCAAGAUGCCACAAAUGAAAAUGCCUAAAUUUGGAAUUUCAACAUCUGGGGUCAAGGUUCCAAAACCAGAAGGCAAACUGAGCUUGCCAGAAGCAGAAAUCUCUCUUCCAAAGGCAGACAUUGAUAUACAAGGACCACAGCUUACAACAAGUGGAACUGACAUUGAUCUGAAUCUACCGAAACCACAGAUGCAUGUGUCUGCAGCACAAGUUGCUGUUGAUCUUAAAGGUCCAGAUGUAGACAUGAAAGCACCUGAGUUAGACAUUGAUAUGAAGAGUAAAGGAAUCCAUGUAGAAGGGAAAGAAAGCAAGUUUAAAUUGCCCAAAAUGCCAGACUUUGAUGUUUCACUCCCCAAAGUCAAAGGUCCUGACAUUAAAUUCAGUCUGCCCAAAUCAGAGGCUGACAUUGCUUUACCUGAAAGUGUUGAAAUCAAGGCUCCUGAUGUGGAAUUGGAAGCGCCAUCUCUUGAGGGAUCUGUGGACAUCUCUACAAUUGAAAAAGAGGGUGGAAAAGGAAAAUUCAAGAUGCCACAAAUGAAAAUGCCUAAAUUUGGAAUUUCAACAUCUGGGGUCAAGGUUCCAAAAAUAGAAGGAGAACUGAGCUUGCCAGAAGCAGAAAUCUCUCUUCCAAAGGUAAACAUUGAUAUACAAGGACCACAGCUUACAACAAGUGGAACUGCCAUUGAUCUGAAUCUACCGAAACCACAGAUGCAUGUGUCUGCAGCACAAGUUGCUGUUGAUCUUAAAGGUCCAGAUGUAGACAUGAAAGCACCUGAGUUAGACAUUGAUAUGAAGAGUAAAGGAAUCCAUGUAGAAGGGAAAGAAAGCAAGUUUAAAUUGCCCAAAAUGCCAGACUUUGAUGUUUCACUCCCCAAAGUCAAAGGUCCUGACGUUAAAUUCAGUCUGCCCAAAUCAGAGGCUGACAUUGCUUUACCUGAACGUGUUGAAAUCAAGGCUCCUGAAGUGGAAUUGGAAGCUCCAUCUCUUGAGGGAUCUGUGGACAUCUCUACAAUUAAAAAAGAGGGUGGAAAAGAAAAAUUCAAGAUGCCACAAAUGAAAAUGCCUAAAUUUGGAAUUUCAACAUCUGGGGUCAAGGUUCCAAAAAUAGAAGGCGAACUGAGCUUGCCAGAAGCAAAAAUCUCUCUUCCAAAGGCAAACAUUGAUAUACAAGGACCACAGCUUACAACAAGUGGAACUGACAUUGAUCUGAAUCUACCGAAACCACAGAUGCAUGUGUCUGCAGCACAAGUUGCUGUUGAUCUUAAAGGUCCAGAUGUAGACAUGAAAGCACCUGAGUUAGACAUUGAUAUGAAGAGUAAAGGAAUCCAUGUAGAAGGGAAAGAAAGCAAGUUUAAAUUGCCCAAAAUGCCAGACUUUGAUGUUUCACUCCCCAAAGUCAAAGGUCCUGACAUUAAAUUCAGUCUGCCCAAAUCAGAGGCUGACAUUGCUUUACCUGAACGUGUUGAAAUCAAGGCUCCUGAUGUGGAAAUGGAAGCUCCAUCUCUUGAGGGAUCUGUGGACAUCCCUACAAUUGAAAAAGAGGAAGGAAAAGGAAAAUUCAAGAUGCCACAAAUGAAAAUGCCUAAAUUUGGAAUUUCAACAUCUGGGGUCAAGGUUCCAAAAAUAGAAGGCGAACUGAGCUUGCCAAAAGCAGAAAUCUCUCUUCCAAAGGCAGACAUUGAUAUACAAGGACCACAGCUUACAACAAGUGGAACUGACAUUGAUCUGAAUCUACCAAAACCACAGAUACAUGUGUCUGCAGCACAAGCUGCUGUUGAUCUUAAAGGUCCAGAUGUAGACAUGAAAACACCUGAGUUAGACAUUGAUAUGAAGGGUAAAGGAAUCCAUGUAGAAGGGAAAGAAAGCAAAUUUAAAAUACCCAAAAUGCCAGAGUUUGAUCUUUCUCUCCCCAAAGUCAAAGGUCCUGAUGUUAAAUUGAGUAUGCCCAAAGGAGAAAUUGAUCUCUCUGCACCAAAAACAGAAGUUGAGCUUAAGGGACCAGAGAUAGAUAUUGAAGGUCCAUCUGUUGAAGGAGCUGUGGACAUCCCUAAAAUUGAAACAGAGGGAGGAAAAGGAAAAUUCAAAAUGCCACACUUUAAAAUGCCUACAUUUGGCAUGUCAACAUCUGGGGUGAAGACUCCUAAAGUAGAAGGCGAAGUAAAGUUGCCAAAAGCAGACAUUGACUUAAAAGGACCACAGCUAACGUCAGGUGAAACUGACAUUGAUCUGAACCUUCCUAAACCUGAAAUAAAUGUGUCUGCAACACAACCUGCUGUUGAUCUUAAAGGUUCAGAUAUAAACAUCAAAACACCUGAAGUAGCCUUUGAUGUCAAGGGAAAAGUCGAUGUAGAAGGGAAAGACAGCAAAUUUAAAAUGCCCAAAAUGCCAGAGUUUGAUCUUUCUCUCCCCAAAGUCAAAGGUCCUGAUGUUAAAUUGAGUAUGCCCAAAGGAGAAAUUGAUCUAUCUGCACCAAAAACAGAAGUUGAGCUUAAGGGACCGGAGAUAGAUAUUGAAAGUCCAUCUGUUGAAGGGGCUGUGGACAUCCCUAAAAUUGAAACAGAGGGAGGAAAAGGAAAAUUCAAAACGCCACACUUUAAAAUGCCUACAUUUGGCAUGUCAACAUCUGGGGUGAAGACUCCUAAAGUAGAAGGCGAAGUAAAGUUGCCAAAAGCAGACAUCUCUCUUCCAAAGGCAGACAUUGACUUAAAAGGACCACAGCUAACGUCAGGUGGAACUGACAUUGAUCUGAACCUUCCUAAACCUGUAAUAAAUGUGUCUGCAACACAACCUGCUGUUGAUCUUAAAGGUCCAGAUAUAGACAUCAAAACACCUGAAUUAGCCUUUGAUGUCAAGGGAAAAGUCGAUGUAGAAGGGAAAGACAGCAAAUUUAAAAUGCCCAAAAUGCCAGAGUUUGAUCUUUCUCUCCCCAAAGUCAAAGGUCCUGAUGUUAAAUUGAGUAUGCCCAAAGGAGAAAUUGAUCUCUCUGCACCAAAAACAGAAGUUGAGCUUAAGGGACCGGAGAUAGAUAUUGAAGGUCCAUCUGUUGAAGGAGCUGUGGACAUCCCUAAAAUUGAAACAGAGGGAGGAAAAGGAAAAUUCAAAAUGCCACACUUUAAAAUGCCUACAUUUGGCAUGUCAACAUCUGGGGUGAAGACUCCUAAAGUAGAAGGCGAAGUAAAGUUGCCAAAAGCAGACAUCUCUCUUCCAAAGGCAGACAUUGACUUAAAAGGACCACAGCUAACGUCAGGUGGAACUGACAUUGAUCUGAACCUUCCUAAACCUGAAAUAAAUGUGUCUGCAACACAACCUGCUGUUGAUCUUAAAGGACCAGAUAUAAACAUCAAAACACCUGAAGUAGCCUUUGAUGUCAAGGGAAAAGUCGAUGUAGAAGGGAAAGACAGCAAAUUUAAAAUGCCCAAAAUGCCAGAGUUUGAUCUUUCUCUCCCCAAAGUCAAAGGUCCUGAUGUUAAAUUGAGUAUGCCCAAAGGAGAAAUUGAUCUCUCUGCACCAAAAACAGAAGUUGAGCUUAAGGGACCGGAGAUAGAUAUUGAAGGUCCAUCUGUUGAAGGAGCUGUGGACAUCCCUAAAAUUGAAACAGAGGGAGGAAAAGGAAAAUUCAAAAUGCCACACUUUAAAAUGCCUACAUUUGGCAUGUCAACAUCUGGGGUGAAGACUCCUAAAGUAGAAGGCGAAGUAAAGUUGCCAAAAGCAGACAUCUCUCUUCCAAAGGCAGACAUUGACUUAAAAGGACCACAGCUAACGUCAGGUGGAACUGACAUUGAUCUGAACCUUCCUAAACCUGAAAUAAAUGUGUCUGCAACACAACCUGCUGUUGAUCUUAAAGGACCAGAUAUAAACAUCAAAACACCUGAAGUAGCCUUUGAUGUCAAGGGAAAAGUCGAUGUAGAAGGGAAAGACAGCAAAUUUAAAAUGCCCAAAAUGCCAGAGUUUGAUCUUUCUCUCCCCAAAGUCAAAGGUCCUGAUUUUAAAUUGAGUAUGCCCAAAGGAGAAAUUGAUCUCUCUGCACCAAAAACAGAAGUUGAGCUUAAGGGACCGGAGAUAGAUAUUGAAGGUCCAUCUGUUGAAGGAGCUGUGGACAUCCCUAAAAUUGAAACAGAGGGAGGAAAAGGAAAAUUCAAAAUGCCACACUUUAAAAUGCCUACAUUUGGCAUGUCAACAUCUGGGGUGAAGACUCCUAAAGUAGAAGGCGAAGUAAAGUUGCCAAAAGCAGACAUCUCUCUUCCAAAGGCAGACAUUGACUUAAAAGGACCACAGCUAACGUCAGGUGGAACUGACAUUGAUCUGAACCUUCCUAAACCUGAAUUAAAUGUGUCUGCAACACAACCUGCUGUUGAUCUGAAAGGUCCAGAUAUAGACAUCAAAACACCUGAAUUAGCCUUUGAUGUCAAGGGAAAAGUCGAUGUAGAAGGGAAAGACAGCAAAUUUAAAAUGCCCAAAAUGCCAGAGUUUGAUCUUUCUCUCCCCAAAGUCAAAGGUCCUGAUGUUAAAUUGAGUAUGCCCAAAGGAGAAAUUGAUCUCUCUGCACCAAAAACAGAAGUUGAGCUUAAGGGACCGGAGAUAGAUAUUGAAGGUCCAUCUGUUGAAGGAGCUGUGGACAUCCCUAAAAUUGAAACAGAGGGAGGAAAAGGAAAAUUCAAAAUGCCACACUUUAAAAUGCCUACAUUUGGCAUGUCAACAUCUGGGGUGAAGACUCCUAAAGUAGAAGGCGAAGUAAAGUUGCCAAAAGCAGACAUCUCUCUUCCAAAGGCAGACAUUGACUUAAAAGGACCACAGCUAACGUCAGGUGGAACUGACAUUGAUCUGAACCUUCCUAAACCUGAAAUAAAUGUGUCUGCUACACAACCUGCUGUUGAUCUUAAUGGUCCAGAUAUAUACAUCAAAACACCUGAAGUAGCCUUUGAUGUCAAGGGAAAAGUCGAUGUAGAAGGGAAAGACAGCAAAUUUAAAAUGCCCAAAAUGCCAGAGUUUGAUCUUUCUCUCCCCAAAGUCAAAGGUCCUGAUGUUAAAUUGAGUAUGCCCAAAGGAGAAAUUGAUCUCUCUGCACCAAAAACAGAAGUUGAGCUUAAGGGACCGGAGAUAGAUAUUGAAGGUCCAUCUGUUGAAGGAGCUGUGGACAUCCCUAAAAUUGAAACAGAGGGAGGAAAAGGAAAAUUCAAAAUGCCACACUUUAAAAUGCCUACAUUUGGCAUGUCAACAUCUGGGGUGAAGACUCCUAAAGUAGAAGGCGAAGUAAAGUUGCCAAAAGCAGACAUCUCUCUUCCAAAGGCAGACAUUGACUUAAAAGGACCACAGCUAACGUCAGGUGGAACUGACAUUGAUCUGAACCUUCCUAAACCUGAAAUAAAUGUGUCUGCAACACAACCUGCUGUUGAUCUUAAAGGUCCAGAUAUAAACAUCAAAACACCUGAAGUAGCCUUUGAUGUCAAGGGAAAAGUCGAUGUAGAAGGGAAAGACAGCAAAUUUAAAAUGCCCAAAAUGCCAGAGUUUGAUCUUUCUCUCCCCAAAGUCAAAGGUCCUGAUGUUAAAUUGAGUAUGCCCAAAGGAGAAAUUGAUCUCUCUGCACCAAAAACAGAAGUUGAGCUUAAGGGACCGGAGAUAGAUAUUGAAGGUCCAUCUGUUGAAGGAGCUGUGGACAUCCCUAAAAUUGAAACAGAGGGAGGAAAAGGAAAAUUCAAAAUGCCACACUUUAAAAUGCCUACAUUUGGCAUGUCAACAUCUGGGGUGAAGACUCCUAAAGUAGAAGGCGAAGUAAAGUUGCCAAAAGCAGACAUCUCUCUUCCAAAGGCAGACAUUGACUUAAAAGGACCACAGCUAACGUCAGGUGGAACUGACAUUGAUCUGAACCUUCCUAAACCUGAAAUAAAUGUGUCUGCUACACAACCUGCUGUUGAUCUUAAUGGUCCAGAUAUAGACAUCAAAACACCUGAAGUAGCCUUUGAUGUCAAGGGAAAAGUCGAUGUAGAAGGGAAAGACAGCAAAUUUAAAAUGCCCAAAAUGCCAGAGUUUGAUCUUUCUCUCCCCAAAGUCAAAGGUCCUGAUUUUAAAUUGAGUAUGCCCAAAGGAGAAAUUGAUCUCUCUGCACCAAAAACAGAAGUUGAGCUUAAGGGACCGGAGAUAGAUAUUGAAGGUCCAUCUGUUGAAGGAGCUGUGGACAUCCCUAAAAUUGAAACAGAGGGAGGAAAAGGAAAAUUCAAAAUGCCACACUUUAAAAUGCCUACAUUUGGCAUGUCAACAUCUGGGGUGAAGACUCCUAAAGUAGAAGGCGAAGUAAAGUUGCCAAAAGCAGACAUCUCUCUUCCAAAGGCAGACAUUGACUUAAAAGGACCACAGCUAACGUCAGGUGGAACUGACAUUGAUCUGAACCUUCCUAAACCUGAAUUAAAUGUGUCUGCAACACAACCUGCUGUUGAUCUGAAAGGUCCAGAUAUAGACAUCAAAACACCUGAAUUAGCCUUUGAUGUCAAGGGAAAAGUCGAUGUAGAAGGGAAAGACAGCAAAUUUAAAAUGCCCAAAAUGCCAGAGUUUGAUCUUUCUCUCCCCAAAGUCAAAGGUCCUGAUGUUAAAUUGAGUAUGCCCAAAGGAGAAAUUGAUCUCUCUGCACCAAAAACAGAAGUUGAGCUUAAGGGACCGGAGAUAGAUAUUGAAGGUCCAUCUGUUGAAGGAGCUAUGGACAUCCCUAAAAUUGAAACAGAGGGAGGAAAAGGAAAAUUCAAAAUGCCACACUUUAAAAUGCCUACAUUUGGCAUGUCAACAUCUGGGGUGAAGACUCCUAAAGUAGAAGGCGAAGUAAAGUUGCCAAAAGCAGACAUCUCUCUUCCAAAGGCAGACAUUGACUUAAAAGGACCACAGCUAACAUCUGGUGGAACUGACAUUGAUCUGAACCUUCCUAAACCUGAAAUAAAUGUGUCUGCAACACAACCUGCUGUUGAUCUUAAAGGUCCAGAUAUAAACAUCAAAACACCUGAAGUAGCCUUUGAUGUCAAGGGAAAAGUCGAUGUAGAAGGGAAAGACAGCAAAUUUAAAAUGCCCAAAAUGCCAGAGUUUGAUCUUUCUCUCCCCAAAGUCAAAGGUCCUGAUGUUAAAUUGAGUAUGCCCAAAGGAGAAAUUGAUCUCUCUGCACCAAAAACAGAAGUUGAGCUUAAGGGACCGGAGAUAGAUAUUGAAGGUCCAUCUGUUGAAGGAGCUGUGGACAUCCCUAAAAUUGAAACAGAGGGAGGAAAAGGAAAAUUCAAAAUGCCACACUUUAAAAUGCCUACAUUUGGCAUGUCAACAUCUGGGGUGAAGACUCCUAAAGUAGAAGGCGAAGUAAAGUUGCCAAAAGCAGACAUCUCUCUUCCAAAGGCAGACAUUGACUUAAAAGGACCACAGCUAACGUCAGGUGGAACUGACAUUGAUCUGAACCUUCCUAAACCUGAAAUAAAUGUGUCUGCUACACAACCUGCUGUUGAUCUUAAUGGUCCAGAUAUAGACAUCAAAACACCUGAAGUAGCCUUUGAUGUCAAGGGAAAAGUCGAUGUAGAAGGGAAAGACAGCAAAUUUAAAAUGCCCAAAAUGCCAGAGUUUGAUCUUUCUCUCCCCAAAGUCAAAGGUCCUGAUUUUAAAUUGAGUAUGCCCAAAGGAGAAAUUGAUCUCUCUGCACCAAAAACAGAAGUUGAGCUUAAGGGACCGGAGAUAGAUAUUGAAGGUCCAUCUGUUGAAGGAGCUGUGGACAUCCCUAAAAUUGAAACAGAGGGAGGAAAAGGAAAAUUCAAAAUGCCACACUUUAAAAUGCCUACAUUUGGCAUGUCAACAUCUGGGGUGAAGACUCCUAAAGUAGAAGGCGAAGUAAAGUUGCCAAAAGCAGACAUCUCUCUUCCAAAGGCAGACAUUGACUUAAAAGGACCACAGCUAACGUCAGGUGGAACUGACAUUGAUCUGAACCUUCCUAAACCUGUAAUAAAUGUGUCUGCAACACAACCUGCUGUUGAUCUGAAAGGUCCAGAUAUAAACAUCAAAACACCUGAAUUAGGCUUUGAUGUCAAGGGAAAAGUCGAUGUAGAAGGGAAAGACAGCAAAUUUAAAAUGCCCAAAAUGCCAGAGUUUGAUCUUUCUCUCCCCAAAGUCAAAGGUCCUGAUUUUAAAUUGAGUAUGCCCAAAGGAGAAAUUGAUCUCUCUGCACCAAAAACAGAAGUUGAGCUUAAGGGACCGGAGAUAGAUAUUGAAGGACCAUCUGUUGAAGCAGAUGUGGACAUCCCUAAAAUUGAAACAGAGGGAGGAAAAGGAAAAUUCAAAAUGCCACACUUUAAAAUGCCUACAUUUGGCAUGUCAACAUCUGGGGUGAAGACUCCUAAAGUAGAAGGCGAAGUAAAGUUGCCAAAAGCAGACAUCUCUCUUCCAAAGGCAGACAUUGACUUAAAAGGACCACAGCUAAUGUCAGGUGGAACUGACAUUGAUCUGAACCUUCCUAAACCUGAAAUAAAUGUGUCUGCAACACAACCUGCUGUUGAUCUCAAAGGUCCAGAUAUAGACAUCAAAACACCUGAAGUAGCCUUUGAUGUCAAGGGAAAAGUCGAUGUAGAAGGGAAAGACAGCAAAUUUAAAAUGCCCAAAAUGCCAGAGUUUGAUCUUUCUCUCCCCAAAGUCAAAGGUCCUGAUGUUAAAUUGAGUAUGCCCAAAGGAGAAAUUGAUCUCUCUGCACCAAAAACAGAAGUUGAGCUUAAGGGACCGGAGAUAGAUAUUGAAGGUCCAUCUGUUGAAGGAGCUGUGGACAUCCCUAAAAUUGAAACAGAGGGAGGAAAAGGAAAAUUCAAAAUGCCACACUUUAAAAUGCCUACAUUUGGCAUGUCAACAUCUGGGGUGAAGACUCCUAAAGUAGAAGGCGAAGUAAAGUUGCCAAAAGCAGACAUCUCUCUUCCAAAGGCAGACAUUGACUUAAAAGGACCACAGCUAACAUCUGGUGGAACUGACAUUGAUCUGAACCUUCCUAAACCUGAAAUAAAUGUGUCUGCAACACAACCUGCUGUUGAUCUUAAAGGUCCAGAUAUAAACAUCAAAACACCUGAAGUAGCCUUUGAUGUCAAGGGAAAAGUCGAUGUAGAAGGGAAAGACAGCAAAUUUAAAAUGCCCAAAAUGCCAGAGUUUGAUCUUUCUCUCCCCAAAGUCAAAGGUCCUGAUGUUAAAUUGAGUAUGCCCAAAGGAGAAAUUGAUCUCUCUGCACCAAAAACAGAAGUUGAGCUUAAGGGACCGGAGAUAGAUAUUGAAGGUCCAUCUGUUGAAGGAGCUGUGGACAUCCCUAAAAUUGAAACAGAGGGAGGAAAAGGAAAAUUCAAAAUGCCACACUUUAAAAUGCCUACAUUUGGCAUGUCAACAUCUGGGGUGAAGACUCCUAAAGUAGAAGGCGAAGUAAAGUUGCCAAAAGCAGACAUCUCUCUUCCAAAGGCAGACAUUGACUUAAAAGGACCACAGCUAACGUCAGGUGGAACUGACAUUGAUCUGAACCUUCCUAAACCUGAAAUAAAUGUGUCUGCUACACAACCUGCUGUUGAUCUUAAUGGUCCAGAUAUAGACAUCAAAACACCUGAAGUAGCCUUUGAUGUCAAGGGAAAAGUCGAUGUAGAAGGGAAAGACAGCAAAUUUAAAAUGCCCAAAAUGCCAGAGUUUGAUCUUUCUCUCCCCAAAGUCAAAGGUCCUGAUUUUAAAUUGAGUAUGCCCAAAGGAGAAAUUGAUCUCUCUGCACCAAAAACAGAAGUUGAGCUUAAGGGACCGGAGAUAGAUAUUGAAGGUCCAUCUGUUGAAGGAGCUGUGGACAUCCCUAAAAUUGAAACAGAGGGAGGAAAAGGAAAAUUCAAAAUGCCACACUUUAAAAUGCCUACAUUUGGCAUGUCAACAUCUGGGGUGAAGACUCCUAAAGUAGAAGGCGAAGUAAAGUUGCCAAAAGCAGACAUCUCUCUUCCAAAGGCAGACAUUGACUUAAAAGGACCACAGCUAACGUCAGGUGGAACUGACAUUGAUCUGAACCUUCCUAAACCUGUAAUAAAUGUGUCUGCAACACAACCUGCUGUUGAUCUGAAAGGUCCAGAUAUAAACAUCAAAACACCUGAAUUAGGCUUUGAUGUCAAGGGAAAAGUCGAUGUAGAAGGGAAAGACAGCAAAUUUAAAAUGCCCAAAAUGCCAGAGUUUGAUCUUUCUCUCCCCAAAGUCAAAGGUCCUGAUUUUAAAUUGAGUAUGCCCAAAGGAGAAAUUGAUCUCUCUGCACCAAAAACAGAAGUUGAGCUUAAGGGACCGGAGAUAGAUAUUGAAGGACCAUCUGUUGAAGCAGAUGUGGACAUCCCUAAAAUUGAAACAGAGGGAGGAAAAGGAAAAUUCAAAAUGCCACACUUUAAAAUGCCUACAUUUGGCAUGUCAACAUCUGGGGUGAAGACUCCUAAAGUAGAAGGCGAAGUAAAGUUGCCAAAAGCAGACAUCUCUCUUCCAAAGGCAGACAUUGACUUAAAAGGACCACAGCUAAUGUCAGGUGGAACUGACAUUGAUCUGAACCUUCCUAAACCUGAAAUAAAUGUGUCUGCAACACAACCUGCUGUUGAUCUCAAAGGUCCAGAUAUAGACAUCAAAACACCUGAAGUAGCCUUUGAUGUCAAGGGAAAAGUCGAUGUAGAAGGGAAAGACAGCAAAUUUAAAAUGCCCAAAAUGCCAGAGUUUGAUCUUUCUCUCCCCAAAGUCAAAGGUCCUGAUGUUAAAUUGAGUAUGCCCAAAGGAGAAAUUGAUCUCUCUGCACCAAAAACAGAAGUUGAGCUUAAGGGACCGGAGAUAGAUAUUGAAGGUCCAUCUGUUGAAGGAGCUGUGGACAUCCCUAAAAUUGAAACAGAGGGAGGAAAAGGAAAAUUCAAAAUGCCACACUUUAAAAUGCCUACAUUUGGCAUGUCAACAUCUGGGGUGAAGACUCCUAAAGUAGAAGGCGAAGUAAAGUUGCCAAAAGCAGACAUCUCUCUUCCAAAGGCAGACAUUGACUUAAAAGGACCACAGCUAACGUCAGGUGAAACUGACAUUGAUCUGAACCUUCCUAAACCUGAAAUAAAUGUGUCUGCAACACAACCUGCUGUUGAUCUUAAAGGUCCAGAUAUAGACAUCAAAACACCUGAAGUAGCCUUUGAUGUCAAGGGAAAAGUCGAUGUAGAAGGGAAAGACAGCAAAUUUAAAAUGCCCAAAAUGCCAGAGUUUGAUCUUUCUCUCCCCAAAGUCAAAGGUCCUGAUGUUAAAUUGAGUAUGCCCAAAGGAGAAAUUGAUCUCUCUGCACCAAAAACAGAAGUUGAGCUUAAGGGACCGGAGAUAGAUAUUGAAGGUCCAUCUGUUGAAGGAGCUGUGGACAUCCCUAAAAUUGAAACAGAGGGAGGAAAAGGAAAAUUCAAAAUGCCACACUUUAAAAUGCCUACAUUUGGCAUGUCAACAUCUGGGGUGAAGACUCCUAAAGUAGAAGGUGAAGUAAAGUUGCCAAAAGCAGACAUCUCUCUUCCAAAGGCAGACAUUGACUUAAAAGGACCACAGCUAACGUCAGGUGAAACUGACAUUGAUCUGAACCUUCCUAAACCUGAAAUAAAUGUGUCUGCAACACAACCUGCUGUUGAUCUUAAAGGUCCAGAUAUAGACAUCAAAACACCUGAAUUAGCCUUUGAUGUCAAGGGAAAAGUCAAUGUAGAAGGGAAAGACAGCAAAUUUAAAAUGCCCAAAAUGCCAGAGUUUGAUCUUUCUCUCCCCAAAGUCAAAGGUCCUGAUGUUAAAUUGAGUAUGCCCAAAGGAGAAAUUGAUCUCUCUGCACCAAAAACAGAAGUUGAGCUUAAGGGACCGGAGAUAGAUAUUGAAGGUCCAUCUGUUGAAGGAGCUGUGGACAUCCCUAAAAUUGAAACAGAGGGAGGAAAAGGAAAAUUCAAAAUGCCACACUUUAAAAUGCCUACAUUUGGCAUGUCAACAUCUGGGGUGAAGACUCCUAAAGUAGAAGGCGAAGUAAAGUUGCCAAAAGCAGACAUCUCUCUUCCAAAGGCAGACAUUGACUUAAAAGGACCACAGCUAACGUCAGGUGGAACUGACAUUGAUCUGAACCUUCCUAAACCUGAAAUAAAUGUGUCUGCAACACAACCUGCUGUUGAUCUUAAUGGUCCAGAUAUAGACAUCAAAACACCUGAAUUAGCCUUUGAUGUCAAGGGGAAAGUCGAUGUAGAAGGGAAAGACAGCAAAUUUAAAAUGCCCAAAAUGCCAGGUUCUGAAAUAGAGUGCAGCAUAUCAAAACCAGACUUUGAUAUACCUUUGCCAAAAUCAGAAGCAGGCACCAAAGGACCACAGUUAAAGACAAGUGAACUUUUACCAGAAAAUGUUGAGGCUGAUGAAAAAGAUCCCCAUCAAACAUCAGACAUCAAAAUGGACUCAGGGGGGAAGCAUACAUUAUCCAAAAUACGCCUGCCAGGGUUUGGAGAAUUGUUUAAAGGGCUAGAUCUUGAAUUUCAUUUGCCUAAUUUAGAUCCUGAUGCUUCUUCACCAGAAACAGAGGAAGUAAAUUUGCCAGCAGACAAAACUGCUCACGCUGAGGUAAAUGAUGGUAUAUCCAAUGUCCUUGGAGAGGUGAUUGUUGGAACACCUGUAGUUCAAAUUUCUCAGCAAGACACAGCAAAACAAGCAAAACAAAAAAGAACAAAAGUUGUGCCAGACUCAAGUUUAGAUACAGCUUCUGAGUCUAAGGAUAAAGACAGCACAAAAAAUAAGGAGAAGUCUGGUAAAUUUACGUUUAGAUUUCCGAGGCUAGGUUUUACCGAUUCUUCUGAAGAAAGCAACAAGACAGAAACAAUAAGUGCUGUCAAUGAUUCAAAAGAGAAGGCUUCAGAAACUACUGAAAAAAAUGAAACCACGUCAAAAACCACAUCAAAAAGUGAAAAAAGUGGUUGGUUUACUUUUCCAAAACGAGGGCAUUCCUCUCCUUCAAAAAAGGCUAAGGAUUCUGAUAAAGAGAAGCUUGGCACCCCUACGGAAGAGUUAAGCGGAAGCUUAGCUGCUGAUGUUGAUGUUGUUCAAAGAGAUGUCAAAUCAACUGAAGGCCUGCAGGGUGUUGAUUCCAGCACUGCUAAUGAAUCAAUUGGUACUCCUUCAAAAGUUACUGUGAGAUACACAAAACCUGACAUCUUGAUAGCUGGCCAUGAUGUGAAGGUUCCCAGUGAUAUUAUUACGUCAACAGCCAGAACAGAAUUAAUUCUACUAGAACCAAAAUUACCUGAAAAAAUAAAUAUCACCACUGUUCCCUCAUCAGGAGAUCAAUCACAACAGUGCGCAGUGACCAGUGCCCAAACUGUGAAAGGGGAUACAACAACGCCAGGCAAAAUAACAACCUUUAAGUCUUCCACACAAAAAGGCACACCUACCAUCGAACAUUCAACAGUUAUCACUAGAGUUCAAACAGAAUGCAAAUUACCUGUAGAAAAAGUUACUGUGAAACUGGGCUCUGCACCUUGGCUGCCUGAAGAAACAGCUCAAACGAGUUUUAAUGUGCCCACAGAAAAGUGUGUCUCAGUUGAAAGGCAUGUUGUGAAACAAAGAUUUGGUGAGGAGAAGGAAACAGUUGUGAUAACCAAAGGAAUUCCAUCACAGCAAGGGUAUACAGCUUCAGGAAAAGUACUCUCAGAGGAGGCAAUUUCGUCACUCCAAAGGCUAAAAGACACAAUGCACUCUGAAAAAAUGAAGUUCUUUGAAACUUCAGAAACGCCUACAGCAGCAUCAAGCAGCGAUGCAACAGUAGAAAAAGAGUCUCAAAAGAGUGCUAAUGGCAAAAAGAAGUAGGCACACAUUUAAAAGGCUAUUGUUUCCUCCUGUCAUUGCUUUGGACUUAUUGUAUCUCUCACUAUUAAACUGUCUUAUGGAGUGAUCUCUGCAAACAUGUAAGUGUUUAAGGCUAGAGCUAUGCUAUAAAAUGGCUAGUAAUAUACAUUUAACUUACUCUUAAGAUUAUGUUAGCUCAUACUAUAUAUUUGUUUAUUAAGGAUGAUUGACAAUGCUAUACCUGUUCUACAUCUAGUACAAUAUCACUGACCUUAAUUACAGAGCUACUACACUGUAUACUACACAUAUGGUAAAGUUAAACAUACACUCCUUACAAACAUGUAAAGACCUGUACCCUAACAUGAAGCAUGCAAUACUGUACUGUGAAAAAUACAACACAACAGGUAGGGAAGUUAAUUUGGUGUAUGGCUUAAGACUGUUACUUUUAAUAAAAAAAUAAAUAAAAAAAAAACAUAAAUAUACGGUAUAUUACAGUAUGAUGGAGUUAAAAGAGUCAGUUAAUAUAAUCAGUUUAGAUAAAUGACAUUCAAAUUUUAUUUGAGGAUUUUUAAAAAAAUCGAAAGCAUUGGUUUAUGAGGCUGGCUAUGAAAUUGUUUUAAAGUGUAUAAAGUGUGGAAACAUUUGGUGUAAAUAUACUGUAUGCGUUAUUUCUUAGGCCUACUGCAGUUUACUUUAUUGCUAGAACCACCUUUAUUUUUCUGCUUGAUCUGUAUUAAUGCAAUCAAUAUAUUUGAAAAUGAAUAUUCAAUAAAGUAUAUUAAAAAAAUAAAUAAAAAAAAAAUAGUGUUCUGUGGGCUUAUUGUAUAAGACUGUGGACCAUGUGAAUGCAUUUUACGCUGUAACAGUUAUCCAUUUUAGAACUGAAUAAGUCUUUAUCUGACCUAACCUGGUUGUGAGCUGAAGAGUCCUAACUGACAGGCAUUUCAACUCUGGCUCUAUCCUUUGUACAUGUACCAUAUAAUUGCAGAACAAGGCGUAUGGGCUUAUAUUUGGGUGUAUUUUGUUUUUUUUCUGUGAAAAUGCAGUUACCGUACUUGUUUGGUUUUGUAUGUUAACCCAAGAUGUGUGGGAGCUAAGAUGUUUACAAAGUUGCAUCACUAUAGAACAGCAUAGCUUGCAAAAUUGAUACAAAAAAAUAUAUUAAAGUCUAUGAAUUCCUAAUAAA